UUUUUGCUUGAUAGUACUUUCCCAAAAUUCUGAAUUAUCUGUGCAUUUUAUUCCAUCUUUUGAGCUCACUCUAACAUUUCACCGACGCCUUCCACUCUCGCAAUGUCCAUCUGUUUUUGUUAGAUUUUGUGUUAAUGGACGGAUCUGUUUGCAGUUUUUAUCAGGAGGGCAGUCUGAAGUUGAAGCAACUCUGAACCUGAAUGCAAUGAACCAAUCUCCCAACCCCUGGCACGUGUCGUUUUCUUAUGCCAGGGCUCUCCAGAAUACUGUUCUAAAAACUUGGAAGGGCCAGCCGGAGAAUGUGGAAACUGCCCAGAAGGCUCUUUUGAUACGAGCAAAAGCAAACUCAAUGGCCCAGCUCGGUCGUUAUUCUGCUGAGGGUGAAAACGAGGAGGCCAAGAAGGGAAUGUUCCAGAAGGGCUACACCUAUUAAGGGAAACAACGGUUUUCUUUUGGUAUGGUGCACAGCCGUAGAAAAAAACAUACUAUUUGUGAGUCUUUUCCAAGGAUUGCAUUGUCACUUUUAAAUUAUUAUUCUUCUGAAUCAUGUUGUCAUUUUGAAUAAAGUACUUACUGCUCAGAGAAUGCAAGUUGAGUAUUUCAUUUACCCUCUGUAUACUAGGAUGUCUUCAAAAUGUUUUUGUCACUUUAAUCCUUAACUGUUGUUUCUGAUGCUCAUUAUCUUCUUAAUUUUCUCCA